ACAAUACACAUUCUGUUGUCAUGGUGGUCAACAAAGAUGUAGAGGAAGAGGGACAAACAGGAAAUAGUGAAAAACAACCCCCCAAAAACCUCAGGUAACAACACUUAACGCUGACCCUACCCUAAAGGAACCAGACGGGUUAAAUAUGGCUGCAGACAACGAUCAGCUCGAGUCAGAGGUGUUUGAGAUAACCGACUUCACCACCGCGUCCGAAUGGGAACGGUUUGUGUCCAGGGUGGAGGAGGUGCUGACUGGCUGGAAGCUGACUGCAGAAAAGGCUAAAUCCACCACCAGGGGCACUUGGGAGGAGGAGUCUGAGGAAAUUCACUUUGCUGACUUCAGAUUCCACAUCACACACUGCUUUCUGAAACAAGAAAGCGAGGAAGACGAUUUAACCGACAGGAAUGAAGAAGAUAUUCUGCCUUCAGCCAUGCAAGAUCUUCUGUGUAUGCAGAAUGAUUUUCCUCCUAGAGCGCACUGCCUGGUCAGAUGGUAUGGCAUACAGGAGUUUGUGGUCAUCACCCCUGGGACGAACAGCGAAGCAGUCAUCAGUGAGUCCAAAUGCAACCUGCUGCUCAGCUCUGUCUCCAUUUCUCUGGCUAACAGUGGAUGUCAGAUCCCCAUGUUUGUCCAGAUCCAGCAGAAGUGGAGAAGGAUCUACGCUGGAGAAUGCCAUGGUCCAGGUGUACGAACCAGUUUUGAAAUGGUUCAACUCCGCAAGGUGCCAAGCCAGUACAAUCAUUUGUCUGGCCUUCUUGACAUCUUCAAGUCAAAGAUCGGUUGUAAUUUGCUCCCUCUGCCUCCUGUUGACAUCGCCAUUCGUUUUACCUACAUCCUCCAAGACUGGCAGCAGCCCAUCUGGCCGCAGCAGCCACCAGACUUUGAUACUCUCCUCGGAGGUGAGGUAGGAGGAGUGGAGUUUGGAAACCUGCCAUUUGGAGCCUGCGAAGAGCCAAUCAGUGAGCUUCAUCUGGCAGCCACCUGGCUCCACCUCACAGAGGGGAUAGUUGUAGAUAAUGAUGUCUACAGUGACCUUGACCCGCUUCAAGCUCCUCACUGGUCUGUUCGUGUCAGGACUUCUGAAAACCCACAGUGCCUGCUGGGUGACUUUGUGACAGAAUUCUUUAAACUUUGCUGCAGGAAGGAAUCUGUAGAAGAUAUUUUAGGACGAGGAUACGCCGAAGAAGAAGGAAAAGUUCUAAAAGAUCUACCGACCGCAAAAACAGCGGAGUGCUCGCCGGCCACACCGGUGAUCGGUGCGUCACCAGAGGACAAGGUGAUGCGUCCCGCUCCACAGCAGCGAAACGCAUCAGAAGCUGCUGACAUCAGCUCAGCUUUAUCCAAGCUAACCGAGCCGGUGGCUGCAGUGCCUCUUCCAAAACUGUCCGUCUCCAGUAUGGUUCAUAGCGCCCGGAAACACAUUCACCGGCACCGGCACAUCGAUGAGUCUCCUCUUCACAUCGAUAUCCUCAAGUCAAUCCUCCUGUAUCUCUUCCCAGACGCUGCUGUGGAGAAGUCAUCAGACAGUCAAAGUAAGAUGCCAACAAAUUCCUCAAAGACAUCGGAGGAGAAACUCUGCGAUAAUCUGGUUCUCCAGCUAAAGUCUGCCCCCACAGACAGUCUGACCUACCGCCUGGCCCUAGGUCUCUGUAUGGUCAACUACAGCUAUGGUGGCCUGCCAGCUGUUGCUCACCUGUGGCAGGAGUUUGUCCUGGAGUUGCGUUACCGCUGGGAGAACAACUACCUGAUCUACGGGUUGGCUGGUGGACCCCCUGAUCUUCGCUGCUGUCUUCUACAUCAGAAGUUGCAGAUGCUGAACUGCUGUAUUGAGAGGAGGAGGAGAAGAGAUGAGGCUCCCAGUGGAAUGGGGGGUAGCCGACAGAGAGAGCACAAGGCAUCCUGUGGACAAGGACCUUCAUCAGCAGCUGCAACCAGCUCAAAUCAGGCAAAGUCUUGGGACUCGUGGAGUGACAGUGAGGACGAGUUUUUUGAGUGUCUCAGUGACCAGGAGGACACCGAGUCUUUGCGUUCUGAGAGAGGACCUGAUAGCGGUAAAGGCAAAGCUGAAGGCCGGCUGCACCCCUACAACGACCUUACCCUUUUGAACUCCAUGGAGCCGCUCUACGUUCCUGUCACCCAGGAACCUGCUCCCAUGACAGAGGAUCAGUUGGAGGAGCAGUCAGAAGUUCUGGCCAAACUGGGGACAUCAGCUGAAGGUUCUCAUCUACGUGCUCGAAUGCAGAGUGCAUGUCUGGUCUCUGACAUGGAGUCCUUUAAGGCAGCUAACCCGGGCUGUGUUCUGGAAGACUUUGUGCGCUGGUACUCUCCCAGGGACUACGAAGAGAAAUAUGAAGUGGAUGAAAAGGGCAACAAAGUCCUGACUGGAGAGCUUAGCGCCAGAAUGAAAAUUCCCGGUAAUAUGUGGGCUGAGGCCUGGGAGAUCUCCAGGGUUACACCUGCACGCCGUCAGAGGAGACUGUUUGAUGACACCAAGGAAGCAGAAAAGAUUUUGCACUAUUUGACAAUGCAGAAACCUGGAGAUCUUGCUCGUCACCUACUUCCUUGUUUGCUCCAUGCUGCCCUUCUGAAGCUACAGCAGGAGGAGUCGGUGGAGAAGAUCCCAUCAGUUGAAAAAAAUAUUCAGCAAGCAAUAACUCAAGCCAACUUGCUGCUGCACUCAGGCAGCUACGACUACAAGAAGUUGGAGGAUUUUAUUAACCAGCUGGUGGUGAUGGAGACCGUCAUCACCAGAGCAAGGUCGCUCAAGGACAAGUUUGCUGUUGAUAAAGGGGAACCUGGAGAAGCCACAGAAGAGCUGAAGAAGUUUGUGAGCUCCCUGCUGGAGGAACCAGAGGUGGUGGUGACGGGAGCUGGUCAGGGUCUUACUGGCAGGAUUAUCCACAGGCUGUUUUUAAAUGCUCAGCGGGCAGCCCUCUUGGUACCAGGCGAUGAUGAUCUGGAGCCUGAAAGAAAGAAAGCUGGUGAAAGCGGGAAAACAUCAGAUUUCCCUUCUCCGGCAGGCCGGGAGAUCAUUCUGCGAACGUAUGUUCCUCGACCAGCUCCAUACUCCAAAGCUCUGCCUCAGAGGCUCUUCUGUGUGCUGAUGAAGGAGGAGUUCAGACUGGCCGGGGCCUUCUCCUCAGACACGUCUUUCUUUUAACACUUUUAUUGGUAAAUGGUGAUUUACACAUCAGACUGAAGGCUGAUGCAAAACAGCUUAAAAUUUAGAAAAACAUUCUUUUUUAUUGGGGGUCAUUUCCCUUCUGUACCUUUCAACAAAACCUUCCAUCAGAAGAGAUGUGCGUGACUGUAUCCUAAACACAGAAAGGCCCAGCAGGUGUGAACAGCCUGUGGAGCCCAGGUUCACCUCAGACUGCUGUCAGAAAUAAGUUUGCUGGCUCAGCAUACCUCUAGAGGAGGAGGUAUUUGAUUUUAAGUGUGAUUCUCCGUUUCAUGGUUAAGACAUCAAGUGAUGUUAUGUGAAACCAUUUCACCAAAAUGUAAGUCCAGUAAUGCUACAGGUCUGAAAAAUAAAUAAAUAAAUCGAAUGAA